AUGAAAUUAAAUUUUAACUGUGAUUUAAUUGUCGCAGAUAUCACAGGGGAUUCUUUUAAAAACAGUCAUUAUGGAAAUCUUUACGAUUGCAUCAAAGAAAAAUUAAAUCGAGGAAAAUAUUUUUCCAAUCAAGAAAAUUCAGAAAGAAACAUUCUUAGAAUUGCUUUGCAUUCUUUAGAUUCUCCUUUAUGGCGUUACGAUUUGAAAAAUGACAAUCAAAUAAAUCUGAGUUACUUUUAUCAGUUUUUAUAUUCGUUGAGAUCAUUAAUCAGGCAGACAUACAGUACCUGUAUUAUAACCAUACCAUUUAGUAAAUUUCAGGAUAGUCAUGUUGAUAAGUGUUUACAUUUUAGCGAUAUAGCAAUACAACUUCAAUCAUUUGCAGGGACAAAUUGUGAAAAUGUGGUGCCAUAUAAAGACUACCAUGGUUUUUUUAUCAUACAAAAAUUGGUAGCCAUUAACAGUUUAGUCGCUUUCAAUUCUAACAAAACAAAUUUAGCAUUUAAACUGAGGAGGAAAAAAUUUGUCGUUGAGGAAUUUCACUUGCCACCCGAAUUGGAAGAUUCUGCUGAAAGAGAACAAGACGAUUCCGCCAUAUUGACUUGUUCCUCGGUCAAAUCGAAAAAAUUAGAUUUUUAA